GGGUGGGGGGGGGGGAUAGCAAUUAACUGCUCAUAUUGUUAGUUAAUCAGCAGAUAUUUGUAACAAUGGUUGAUUUAUCAUAACACGCUGGAUAAUUUAUUGGAUGGGAGGCCCAUGAGCGGUUGCGCGUGGGCCGGUCAGUGCGUGUGAAGGACGCAGGUAGCAAUGGAAACAUAGCCUGACUUAAUAUGAUCUAUUAAACAUUGUUUUUUUUCACUUAACAUGGGCUGGUUGAGUUGGCUAACCGGUCAAGUUGUGCUCUUUUUCUGCCAACCUGAGUUUGAGUCCGUGCGGCAAGCACGAACCGUUCAUUUAUUUUUUUGACGAACCGUUCUUUUACUGCAGGUAGAUUGUACUAAAAGUUGUUCCAUUCCAUGGCUAAUUGAUGAUUGACCACCAGAUUUAUUCUGUCGAUAGGCAAGAAACCUUCCUUCGUUAUUUCUGGAAUUCAUUCCUCACACUUUGCUAAUUGAUUCCGGAAACAACUUCCUGUUACCCACAAAACUUAAAGGCAUAUAUAAAUUGGAAGGAUUCGAUGCAAGGGGCCAAGGUGGGACUAAUUUUUUGUUGAUUUAUCAUAACACGUUGGCUGAUUUAUCAGAUAGAAGGCCCAUGAGUGGUUGCGUGCGUGGGCUGGUCCAGGCCAUGCAAGCCUCCGUGCGUGUGAUGGCCGUAGGAAGAAAUGGAAAUAUAGCCCGGCUUAAUAUGAUCUACUCCCUCCGGCCCAUAAUGUAAGACGUUUUUUUACACAAACGUCUUACAUUAUUGGACGGAGGGAGUAUUAACCAUUGUUUUUUUCACGUAGCAUGGGCUGGUUGAGUUGGCUAAUCGGCCAAGUCGUGCUCUUUUCCUGCCAACCCGAGUUCGAGUCCAUGCGGAGGCACAAACUGUUCUUUUAUGUUUUUGACGAACCAUUUUUUUACUGUAGGUAGAUUGUACAAAAAGUCGUUUCAUUCCAUUCCAUAUUUCUCUUUCCAGUACCACUGGAAUUCACUCUCGCCACUAAUUUAUUUUGUGGAGAGGCCAGUUUCCAUUCCUUAUUUCUCUUUCACAUGGAUAAUUGAUGAUCGAACACCAGAUUUAUUCUGUGGAUAGGCAAGAAACGUUCCUUCCUUAUUUCUGGAAUCAUUCCUCACCCUUCCCUAAUUAAUUCCGGAGAGAGCUUCCUGUUACCCACAAAACUUAAAGGCGUAUAUAAAUUGGAAAGUAUUCGAUGCAAGGGGCCAAGGUGGGACUAACUUUGUGUUGAUUUAUCAUAACAUGUUGGCUGAUUUAUCGGAUGGAAGGCCCAUGAGCGGUUGCGUGCAUGGGCCGGUCCAGGCCAUGCAAGCCCCCGUGCGUGUGAAGGACGCAUGAAGCAAUGGAAACAUAGUCCGGCUUACUAUAAUCUAUUAAACAUUGUUUUUUUCACGUAACAUGGGCUGCUUGAGUUGGCUAAUCGGUAAGUUGUGCUCCUUUUCUGCCAACCAGAGUUCGAGUCCGUGGGCAGGCAUCAACCGUUCAUUUUUUUGCCGAACCAUUUUUUUACUGCGGGUAGAUUGUACUAAAAGUCAAGGGUGUUACUGUAAAAUGUCGCGACGGACCAAGAAUACCUAUUCCCUUUAUUAGUAGAAGAAUAGAGAAGAAAAUAAAUAUAUAUAGAUAAAGGAUGUAAUAACAUCUUAUAUUAUGGAAUGGAGGGAGUACUUAGUAUGACCACACAUAAUCAUGACUUUAUAGUUAAUGUUUAAACCAAAAUGACAAAACUGCUAAAUCCACACUUUCAGCUUGGAGCAUGAUGGAUUGAUGGCAAAUGCAUAUUCAACAAAAGAAACCCCUUUCGAACUUGCAGCAUGGGAAAUGGUUGCUAUUCAAGAUCACAAAUUAGGGUAUUGUAGCACAUGUCAAAUGAUAAUCAAGCUUUUGAGCUUACCAAUGCAGUAGUCAAAUUCAGUUCUGUUUAUAGAAACAUACCGGACUUGCUUCCCUAAACUGCCAUCUCUCGGUUGUUCCUAUUUUUUCUAUGAACAAGCAACUUAGUUAGUGAACCAUUUAAUUUCAGCAUGUGUUGUAUUUUUAGUGAUAUAUGGUAGACUGCACGCUAAUAUAGGCUCCCUGUAUUCUGGAAAUGUUAGGACAGCUUAAUCCGGAUUCUGAAGCAAUGAGUACCUGUAAAAAGGCCAUGGUGGAAUCUACAUCUGUUGUGAGUUCAGACAGACUGAGCAGUUUGCCUCCAGAGAUAAAGGGCGACAUCCUCUCCCGUUUGAAUGUCGAAGAAGCGGUUAGGACUAGCACCUUGUCAAGUACUUGGAGGGAUGCAUGGACUAAUAUGCCAAAAAUAUUUCUGCGUGAUGGAAAUUUUGCAAAACCCAAGUUCGUCACAUUAGUCGAUAUGGUGCUAUCACUCUACAACGGAACUGUAGAGAAGUUCGAGAUUUCAGGUAGCAAAACUUACCAUGACGAGUUCGGCAGGUGGAUGCUCAUGCUUUCUAGGAGAUCACCAAGAUCAGUUAGAAUCGAGUUGAACUCUGGGCCAGGGUAUAGGAUUCCCUCAUGUCUAUUUUCUAUCGGCGAUUUGAAGCUUCUCUACCUGCAAAACUGCAUCAUCAGGUUGCCCCGGGUAUUCCAAGGUUUCAAGAGAUUAACUCACCUCAACCUGAUAAAAUUCUCCUCCACAGACUUGGACAUCCAAAAUCUGGUCUCGUUUUGCCCCGUACUGAAUUAUUUGAAACUGUCUUAUUUUGAGGGCAUCAACCAUCUAAACGUUCAAGCUCCUAAACUGAAACAUAUUUAUGUUGUCGGGGACUUUAAAGACAUUAAUUUUGAUGCCCCCAAUUUGGAGGGGGCCGUUCUCUUUCCUUAUCACAAAGGUAAAGCAUAUCAUUUGGAUCCAAUUGCGCUUCACAAGGAAAGCUAUGUCAAGCAGUUAUUGGGAAGCCUAAGUGACAUCAAAAGCCUUGCAAUUAGCGGCUUUUUACUGAUGUAUCUAUCAAAAGGUUUAAUACUUACGAACCUCCCUGCCGUGUUUACUCGCCUAGAGAGUAUUUAUCUUGCAAUAUGCUUUGGGGACGAGCGGCAACUCUUGGCCGCUUGUUCAUUGUUUCAGAAUGCCCCUAACUUAAAGAAGCUUGACAUAUGGAGGCCCUCUUCGAGCUCAUGGGUUCAGGAUCAGGUUCAAGAUCAGGCGAGCAUUCCAGAGCUUACCAUGCAAGUGCAAUUGGAUCAUCUUGUAACAGCCAGUGUGAAAGGUUUCAGGGGUCUGGACUGCGAAGUCGAUUUUGUGGCAAAGCUACUGAGCUGGGCACCAGCUCUGGAAGAAGUGAAGAUAGAAUGGAAGGGUAAAACAGAGUGCAGCAUGGUUCUUGCCAAGCUAUUAGCUCUGCCGAGGGUUUCUCCCAGGGCCAAGGUCAUUGUUACAUUUUGAUAAGAAUGCAUCCCUACAGUCUAGAGAGCAUCCCCCAUCAUUUUGCCGGUUUAAUUUGCAGCCAAGCAGGACUAUUUCAGCUUUCUUUAUGCCAAGACUAGAUGGUGGUUAUAUAUGUGUGCAUUGACGCAAAUCAUCAGGCAGAGGGAGUACUUAUUGUGCUAUUAGUAAGUGUUAUCCUUUGUUCAGCCGGGGACACAAGCCGCUGUUGCCCUUCCUCAACCGUGUCAGUUCGGCUCGUCCCGUCUUGUCCUGUUGUUCCGCGUGUCGUAAAUUCCUGAUUCUAGAAAAUAUAAGAAGUAAUGAAAUAUAUAAUGACACCUUCAUCCUAUAUGAAUAAGAAUGAAGGUGUGAAUCAAAGACAUGAAACUGUACCUGCUGCGUGUGUUUGGAAAGCAAAGCAUGUAUCAGAUUGGUUCCAGACCGGAACGAGUGUUCAAUGUUUCUUGCUUCUCCUAUUUCAUUUUUUGUUGAUAAGUGAAAUAUUUCUAUA